AUGGAUGUGAGGGAAGGAGAGGAGGAUUUUGUAAACUUCCAAACCCAGGAAAGAAGCAAUGCACUGAAGUUCCUGAAGAUACUUAUUGUGAUAGAGGGCUUUCUGAAGAUCUUCAAAAUCACUGUUAGCUGCACGGUGCUCUUUCUCACGAGAAAUGAAAAGUGCGAAGUUCCCCUGAAGCUCUUUCUGCUGGUAUACAUGGUCAUAACAAUAGCCAAGCUUGGGAUAUUCACGUCGAAAAACCUUCCGUUCUUCAGAAUCAACAGGAUACCGGAGUACAGAGAGAACACAGACAUAACCUUGUUCUCUAACUUUAUAGAGGCACUUCUUUUGUUCUGGUAUCUCAUUGGAUUCAACUGGAUCCAGGAGUGUGCGAACUGCAGCGUCACAAAUCCCCUGUUAUACUAUACAACGGUUGUGUUUGUCGGGCUUGGGUUUGUGGCCUUCAUUGCCCCUCUCCUGGCCAUUGUCCUGCUCCUGUUCCUCAUAACCUUUAUAAAGCCGAAGCUUCAGGAGGUGAUUUACAAGGACCAGAGUGACGUCUCGGACGACACGUACCACUGCACAAUAUGCUUCGACAACUACAUUCCUGGAAUCAAGCUGAAGUUUCUCCCGUGCGGACACCACUUCCACCAGGAGUGCAUAGAUGAGUGGCUAGACCUGAAGGAUACCUGCCCACUUUGUAAGAGAAACAUCAACCUGUUGUACGACUUGAUUGAUCCGCCUGAAUACGAGGUUUGA